AUGAAAAUGCCCGCCGUGGGCCUGGGAACAUGGCAAGGAUUACAAAGCCAAGCCAGCAACGACGAGCUACGAGACUCUAUAGUCCACGCUCUCCACGCCGGAUACCGCCUCCUCGACACGGCGCAGCGGUACGGCACCGAGCCUGUCGUCGGUGAAGCCAUCCGAGCCUCAGGCAUCCCCCGCAGCGAGAUCACCCUCGUCACCAAGUUCCCAGGAAAAUGGCACCACGAUCCCGCGGGGGCUUUGCAGCAAUCUCUCGACGCCCUGGGUCUUGACUACAUCGACGUCUUCCUCAUGCACUGGCCCUGUGCCACGGCCCCGGACUCCGGCACCCCGCUAGGCAUCGAUGAGUCACCCACGUUCGUCGAGACGUGGAAGCUGAUGGAGAAGAUCAUCGGCCCGCGCUGUAAGUCCAUCGGUGUUAGCAACUUCAGUCAGAAGACCCUGGACGCGUUGUUAGCUGAGGCGACUAUCGUGCCGGUCGUGAACCAGGUGGAGUUGCAUGCGCUGAACCCGAAUCAUAAACUGAGCGCGUAUUGUCGGGAGAAGGGCAUCAUGGUGACGAGUUGGAGUACCCUGGGCGGAGGAGCUGAAUUCGCCCCCCUUGCCGGAGAGAUCCUCACCAACCCGUUGUUCAAGAACAUCGCCGCCAACCACGGAUGCUCGACCGGCGUCGUCUCGCUAUCCUGGGCCGUGCAGCGUGGCAUCAGCGUCAUCCCCAAGAGUAGUUCACGGGCGCGCGUUGAGGAGAAUCUCAGGUUGGUCACCCUCACCGAGGCCGAGAUGGAGGAGCUGAACGAAGCGCACCGGACGAUCGGUUCGCUCCGCAUUGCGGAUCAUAUCCCAAUUAUGAGAGGGGAGAAGGAUGGUAAAACGACCUUCAUGGGUUGGACGAACGAGGAUUUUGGGUGGGAGGACGCUGAGGGAAAGUGGUUGCUCUAG